AUGGAUCAUGAGAAGUUGGCUCGCAUGCAAAAUGCGGUGCGCAUUGGUACACCCCGAAGAAAGGUCAAGAAGGUCCACAAGUCCUCCGGCACCGACGACAAGAAGCUGCAGACCACCCUCAAGAAGAUGAACGUCCAGCCCAUCACUGGCAUCGAGGAGGUCAACAUGUUCAAGAGCGACGGCAACGUCAUCCACUUCUCCGCACCAAAGGUCCACGCAGCCGUCCCCUCCAACACCUUCGCCCUCUACGGCAACGGCGAAGACAAAGAGCUCACCGAGCUCGUCCCCGGCAUCCUGAACCAACUGGGUCCUGACUCCCUCGCCUCCCUGCGCAAACUCGCCGAGUCCUACCAGUCGCUGCAGAAGAGCGGCGGCGAGGGCGGGGAGGAGGGUGGGAAGAAGGAGGAGGAUGAUGAUGAGAUACCGGAUUUGGUCGAGGGGGAGGAGUUUGGUGGGAAGGGGGAUGUGGAGUAG